CAUUGGCUAAGACCACCAAAUCGGCAAUCUGACUUGGUGGUCCGUCGGUACUCCAUAACUCCUCUCAGUUCCCAGACAUUAUCCUAUCCACAAUCUGCCUGUCCCACAAUCUCGACGCAUCUCCUACUGGUUGAAAUUCUCUGCCCAAACUCAUGGACGAGAUUCCACUUCCUCCAAAACAUACUCUCCCCAGAAAUAUUCUUCAUUUUACAUUCAAAAUAUUACACAGAAAAUUCUUUUCCAAAACUACUUUCCCAUGUUUCACUAGAACUCCCAACUGGGUCAUUUCACAAGAGAAGAUAAGUGCCCAAAAAAAUAAAAUAAAAUAAAAAUCUUCGCAUUUACUCACUUCUUUGCCCAUCUGAUCAAUUUUCCAUUUUUUUUUUUUUUUCAAUUCACUUGGUUAUUUUUUCAGAGAGAAAUUUGUGUGGUUGUUGCAAAGGAAAUGAUGGGUUUUUUCAUAAUUGAAGAAGCUUAGCAAUGAUGGUGUGGAUGACAGGAUGACUGGGACAUCUGUCCUCAACCAAACCCAUCUUUUGUUGCCUGCCAAAGAGCCAAUCCAAAGCCCAGAAUUCCAUCUGAGUUUGAAGGAGCAAGAAUGUCUCUCAUUGUUGAAGAGAUGCAAGAGCGUGAGAGAACUCAAGCAAAUUCAUGUCCAAAUCCUAAAGAUCGGCCUUUUGGGGGAUUCCUUUUGUGCAGGCAAUCUUGUGGCCACUUGUGCUCUCUCCGACUGGGGCAGCAUGGACUACGCCUGCUCGAUUUUCCGACACGUCAAAGAACCGCAAACAUUCUUGUUCAACACCAUGAUGAGAGGACAUGUCAAGGAUGGGAAUUGGGGUCAAGCUUUGAUUCUCUAUUUUGACAUGCUAAAGAGUGGAGUUGAGCCUGACAAUUUCACUUACCCGGUUCUACUAAAGGCAUGUGCAAGGUUAUCAGCAACUGAGGAAGGAAUGCAAAUUCAUGGACAUACUUCCAAGCUUGGGCUACAAGGUGAUUUAUUUGUGCAGAAUAGUUUGAUCAACAUGUAUGGAAAAUGUGGGAAAAUAGAACUUGCUUGUGCCGUUUUUGAUCAAAUGGAUCAAAAGAGUGUUGCUUCAUGGGGUGCUAUAAUUGCUGCUCAUGCUAGUUUGGGGAUGUGGUGGGAGUGUCUUGUGCUUUUUGGGGACAUGAACAGGGAAGGAUGUUGGAGAGCUGAAGAAAGUACAUUGGUUAGUGUGCUUUCUGCUUGCACCCAUUUGCGUGUUUUUGAUAUGGGAAGGUGCACACAUGGAUCCUUGUUGAGGAACUUUAGUGGAUUCAAUGUGAUUGUAGAGACUUCUUUGAUAGAUAUGUAUGUGAAAUGUGGAUGUUUAGAGAAAGGGUUGUGUCUCUUCCACAAUAUGGCCAAGAGGAACCAAUUGUCCUUCUCUGUGAUUAUCUCGGGGCUUGCGAUGCAUGGACAUGGUAGGAAAGCUCUAGAGGUUUUCUCCAAAAUGCUCGAAGAAGGAUUGCUGCCGGAUGACGUUGUCUAUGUGGGUGUUUUGAGUGCUUGUAGUCAUGCUGGCUUGGUUGAUGAGGGUCUGCAGUGCUUCAACAGGAUGAAAUUUGAGCAUGGGAUUCAACCAACAGUUCAGCAUUAUGGCUGUCUGGUGGAUCUCCUCGGCAGAGCAGGGUGGGUUAGGGCAGCUUUUGAGCUCAUUGAGAGCAUGCCCAUCAGGCCAAAUGAUGUUAUAUGGAGAAGCCUUCUUAGUGCUUGUAGAAUUCAUGGUGACAUGGAACUAGGAGAAAUUGCAGCUAGAAACCUAAUGCAAUCUAACUCUCGGAAUCCUGGUGACUACGUCGUGCUGUCAAACAUGUAUGCAAAAGCACAAAAGUGGGACGACUUUGCUAGGGUUCGGACUGAAAUGGUUUCAAAGGGCCUGGUCCAAACGCCCGGGUUCAGCAUGGUCGAGGUGCAGAGAAAGGUCUUCAAGUUUGUGUCACAUGACAUGUCACACCCGCAGUGUGAUGGUGUAAAUGAGAUGAUACACCAGAUGGAAUGGCAACUGAGAUUCGACGGGUAUGUCCCGGACACAUCACAAGUUUUGCUUGAUGUGGAUGAAGAGGAGAAGAGAGAGAGGUUGAAAUAUCACAGUCAGAAGCUGGCAAUUGCUUUUGCUCUCAUACAUACUUCUCAAGGAUCUCCUGUAAGAAUAGUUAGAAAUCUCAGGAUGUGCAGUGACUGUCACACUUAUACCAAAUUUAUUUCAGUGAUUUAUGGACGAGAAAUUACAGUUAGAGAUCGUAAUCAGUUCCACCAUUUUAAAGAUGGAACUUGCUCUUGUAGAGAUUACUGGUAAAUCAAUUACUUGUCUUCUCC